AGUAAUCUUGAUUCUGCUGUUGGCGGAAGACGCUCGUCAUGUUUGUAUCGAGUAGUUGGCCUAUAGCUACAUAGUAGCUCGUGUAAAUGAUGCAGGUUUUUUUUUUGUUGGUUUUUUUAUGACCCAGCUUGUUCUUCUUUCUCUGUGAUCAUGAACAGGGUGCAGCUGAAGCGGUCCAGUAUCUUAAGGAUGGCUCUAUCCGGAUCGGAGACAAUGGACCAGGACGGACACAAUGGAGAGACUUUCAUUAUGCGGGCUGUCAAAAUAGGAGCUGUGGUUGUACUGUACUGGUUUGUCUCAAUAACAAUGGUGUUCCUCAAUAAUUACCUGCUGGACAACCGGGACCUGGACGCGCCGCUGUUUGUCACUUUCUACCAGUGCGUGGUGACGGUCGGACUGUGCUGGCUCAUGCAGCUGCUGGCCAGAUUUUGGCCGGGACUCAUCGACUUCCCCUCGGUCAGAUUCGACCUGAAGACGUCCCGGGAGGUCCUGCCGCUGUCUAUCGUGUUCAUCUCCAUGAUCAUCUUCAACAACCUGUGCCUGAAACACCUCGGAGUGGCUUUCUACACGGUCGGUCGGUCGCUCAGCACAGUUUUCAACGUGCUGCUGUCUUACGUUGUCCUGAAGCAAACCACUUCAAUACAAGCCAUAGUGUGCUGUGGGAUCAUACUAGGUGGAUUCUGGCUCGGUGUGGACCAGGAAGCCACGACGGGUUCCCUCUCCUGGACCGGCGUCGUUUUUGGCGUGAUAGCCAGCGCUUGUGUCUCUAUGAACGCCAUCUACACCAAGAAGGUGAUGCCAGCAGUGGAAGGAAACAUCUGGAAACUGUCCUAUUACAACAACAUUAAUGCCUGCAUCCUCUUCCUCCCGCUCAUCGCUGUGUCUGGAGAUCUGGGCAGUCUCGCCAGCUUCAGCCGCCUCGGCAGCCUCGGAUUUUGGGGCAUGAUGACGCUCGGGGGGGUGUUUGGUUUCGCCAUUGGCUACGUCACGGGCCUGCAGAUCAAGUUCACCAGUCCGCUCACGCACAACGUCUCGGGGACAGUAAAGGCCUGUGGGCAGACCAUCAUUGCGGUGGUGUACAACUCCUCCAGUAAAAGCCUGCUGUGGUGGACCAGUAACCUGAUGGUGCUCUGUGGCUCGUCGGCCUACACCUGGGUCAAAAGUCUAGAGAUGAAGAAGGCUCCCCGCAGAGACCCUCAGGACUCCGCCAAGGAGAAACUGCUGCCGGAGGAGAAAGGCAACGUAGGAGUGUAACAGAAAAACCUUCAACUUGUAUCUGAGAAUGUGAAAUAAUGCAACAUUUAGAACAUAAAUGAUCAGUGACGCACACAUGGACUCGAUGGUUUUGUUGGUUUCAAAGGUUGUGUGGUUUUAUACAGAUUUAUUUGAGGCCUGAAUGAAUUUGUGUGUGUAUAUAUAUGUAUAUAUAUGU